CACUCUCAUCAUCAUGGAUUUCAAAAUCCCUUCUUCUCGAGAUGACUUGUUGAACACGUCACGAGCUGGGGAAUACGGCGUAGAGGAGCUGCUGACUCUGAGGCAGAUUCCUGCAGCGUUGCAAGAAUUCAAGUCAGCGUGCCGAGGAACCCCCCACAGUGUGAGAAAACAUUUUGACACGCUGUUCAGUGUGUUGUGUUUGCAGAGAGAUCUUGAUGUGAAUGUCAAGGAAGAAGCUUGGCUUGGCUUGCUCAAAGCUUGCCAGAUGUUUGCUGCCAACUUGACAAUAUUUCUGGAUGCUUCUGACCUGGACAGAGAGGAAGUGCCAGAUCACCUGAACACCCUGAAGAUGUCCGUCUAUCUGCUGUGUCAGUUUUUGGAACUGUUUGACUCGGAGACCAUCCGGCCCUCGGCUCUUGUGACUGGAAAGGGUCGUGGUAAAAAAACGAAGCAGGCGAACACUGCGAUGAACAUGGACUGGGAGUACGAGCGCCAGCAAGGCUUGCAGCUUCUCCUCUCUGUCGUUCAGCUGCCGAUUCACAAACUGUGGGACCCGCCACUGGUCGAGGAAGAGUUUGUCAGCCUGGUGAGCAUGUGCUGCUACAAGUUACUGGAGAACCCGGCCCUGGUCAAGCUCAAGGAUUCCCUAGACCUGCUGGCUCACAUCAUCGGUGAUCUGGUCAAGCGCUACAACCACGGACUUGGUGCCAGUCUGAAGAUUGACCAGCUGCUGAAACAUUUUGAGUUCCUUACCACACCCCUGGCUCAGAUAGUGGAGCUGAUGGUUCAGGAGCACGGCUGCAAGUCCACUGUGACCGACAUUGUUAGAGAGAUUGGCAGCGCUAACUCGAGAGAAGCGGCCAAAGACUCUGCAUCUGCUAAGGCGUACGCUGGCUUCCUGGUGGAGCUGGGGGAGAGGAUGCCGGCCGUGGUUCUGCCGUGUGUGCCGCUCAUUCUGUGUCAUCUGGAUGGGGAGUCGUACACGUUGAGGAACGGCGUUCUGGGCAUGAUGGGAAGUAUUCUCACCACCUACCUGUGUAAGGAGGAGCUGGACGAGAAGUCGCGGCUCACCAGAGACGCUUUUUUUGAGAAGCUAGAGGAUCAUAUUCACGACGUGAACGCCUUCGUCCGGAGCAAAGUGCUGCAGAUAUGGCUGAGCAUUGUCACAGAGCAGUGCCUGCCGUUGCUCCAACAAGAGUCGCUGAUGGCCCUGGUGGUGGGGCGACUCCACGACAAGUCCAGCAUCGUACGCCGCCACGCCUUGCAGCUUCUCACCGCCCUGCUCAAGAGCAACCCUUUUGCCGCUCAGCUGCCCGUGGAAGAUUUGCGCAGCAACUAUGAGAAAGAGAAGGCUCAGCUGAAGGAGAUGAACCCUACAGCCGAGGUAGCGGAGACUGUGCAGGAACCGGAGGUCGGGGGAGAGUGGGCGGAGCUUGAGGACGAGCUGGUGCGGGCGAUGGAGGGUCUGGAUGUCUCUGUGAAGUCUGAGGAGGAGGAGGAGGAGGAGUCUGCCGCUCUGAUUGGGGGGGAGGACAGUGCUGAUGAAGUUCUCCAGAGAGUCGUCUCCCUGCUGGAAGGCAAGGAGUGGCACAAGGCCGUGGCGCUGGUGUCUGCUGCCAAGGACAACUUUCCUGACCUUCCUGUGUUCUCGGCAGAGGCAAAGAGCGACUCUAGUGAUGAGAUGGAGGGUGAGGAGGAGGGCAAGGAAAGCCGCGCCAGUGAACAGGAAGUUUUGUUGACGGCAAUCAAGAAUGUGUUUCAUCACAUGAAGCAACCAAUACACCUGCAGGCCGUGCCCGAUGUCCCGACAGCUGACGACAGCGUGGCCGCGGAGAUUGCCAAGCAGCAGACGCUGGUGCAGUACCUCAAGAACUCCCUGACAUUUGCCAGCCAAGUCCAGCAGUGUAUCCCCGUCAUCUGCCAGCUGCUGGGCUCCAAGAAUAGCUCAGACGUCCUUGAGGCGGUCCAGUUCUUUGUGACCGCCGUCCAGUUUGGCGUGUCGGCCGCCCAGGUCGGAGUGCGGAGGAUGCUGGUCCUGGUCUGGUCGCAGGAACAGACGGUGCGUGAGGCAGUCGUUGAGGCGUACAGGACGCUCUACCUCCAGCCCAAGGAGAAGAAUCAGAGAAAUGUGGCCGUGUCUGUGGUGAAGAACCUGACGGCCCUGCUGGUCGGGGCCACCGUCGGUGACUUGGCCUCGCUGGAGACUUUGGGCGGAGCCAGAGAUUGUGAAGAGUAACAUCGACGUCCUGGUACAGGAGGGGCUGGGGGAGAGGGCGGAGAGGGACUAUCUCCUGGCUCAGGGGGUGUGUCAGGCCUUGAUGACCCUGGCUGCUAAACCCAAGGCAUCCACGACACGACAAACUGCUACUGGAUCCCUCUGGGCGACCAGGCUGUGACCUUGAUCUUCCGUCUGGCCGAGACCCCUGACCUUGUGUGCGCACGUCUGCUGCGAGAGCUGGUGAAGGAAGUGGCGGGGUCGAUGACCCGCGACGACAUUGCAGAUGCUAAUGGUGGCAGUGAAGGACCCGAGCGUCCCCCUCUGUCCGGGGCAGUGUCCAGUGUGUUGGCGCGAGUCCUCUCCCUGGCCGGCCAGGUGGCCUUCCGACAGACGGUGUACCUGGAGGUGGACGUCCUCACCGAGAUGAAGAGACGCCAGGCGGCCAUGGAGGAGGGCAGACAGAAGGGGGGGGCGGCCCGACGCAAGAGUAAAGGCUCCGAUUCCUCCAAGAUGAGAACUUCCUGUCAGCGUUCCCGCCCAUUCUGGUGGCGGUGUGCAGCAACACGGACAAGUUCGGUGACCGACAGUUGCAGACGGCAGCCUCGCUGGCCUUGGCUCGCUUCAUGAUCAUCAGCUGCGAGUUCUGCGAGAGCCAUCUGCAGCUGGUGUUCACCCUAUUGGAGCGCUCCCCGUCCCCCGUCAUCCGCUCCAACCUGAUCAUCGCGCUGGGCGACCUCACCUUCCGCUUCCCCAACCUGGUGGAGCCCUGGACCGCUCACCUCUACGCAAGGUACGUGUUCUCCCACAUCGAGAAGAGCAAACACUGCGAGAGUCUGGCGGAGAAACUUUGUCAUCGCUUCCGGGCGGUCAGAACGGAGCGUCAGGUUCGUGACCUGUCUUUCUGCCUGUCUCAGCUGAGCUACACAGAGAAGGGCAUCGGUAAACUGAUGGAGAACUUUGCCUGCUUCGCCGACAAACUGGUGGACCAGGCGGUGUACGGUCAUUUCUGUCAGAUCCUCAGCAAAAGUCGCCAGUUUGUCAAGCCAGAGGCCAAGGCGGUCCUGGAGGAGUUUGAGGACAAGCUGAGCCAGGCACACACACGGGGGCUGGACCAGGAGGGCGCGGUGGGGCGGGCCGCGGGCAAGUCUGUGUGUGAGCGGCCCGUCGGGAGAGCAGGGGGCAGGAAAACUCCAGCUCGUAAGAAACCA